AUGAGAAAGCCCUUGAAACAGUAUUUGUCAAACAUGUGGAUAGUGGAAGUACUUUUGAUGAAAGACCAUGAAACCAACACAUCAAAAGGAUUUGCUUUUGUCACCUUUGAAAGCCCAGCAAAUGCAAAGGAUGCAGCCAGAGACAUGAAUGGGAAGUCUCUAGAUGGAAAAGCCAUCAAGGUGGAACAAACCACUAAACCAUCAUUUGAAAGUGGUAGACAUGGACCACCCCCACCUCCAGGAAGCAGAGGCCCUCCGAGAGGUCUUAGAGGUGGAAGAGGAGGAAGUAGAGGAACCAGGGGACCUCCUUCCAGUGGAGGGCACAUGGAUGAUGGUGGCUAUUCCAUGAAUUUUAACAUGAGUUCUUCCAGGGGACCACUUCCAGUAAAAAGAAGGCCACAAAGUUGGGGUCCUCCUCCUAAAAGAUCAGCCCCUUCAGGACCAGUUUGCAGCAGAAAGAUGUUUAUUUGUCCCCAAGAGAUGAUGUAUAUUCUACAAAAGACAGCUAUUCAAGCAGAGAUUAUCCAAGUUCUCGUGAUACAAGAGAUUAUACUCACCAUGAUUAUGGUCAUUCAAGUUCUUAUACUGACUACCCAUCAAGAGGCUAUAGUGACAGAGAUGGUUAUGUUCGUGAUCAUGAUUAUUCAGAUCAUCCAAGUGGAGGUUCCUACAGAGCUUCAUAUGAGAGUUAUGGUAACUCACGUAGUGCUCCACCUACAUGAGGGCCCCCGCCAUCUCGUGGUGAAAGCACGACUGCUUACAACAUUUCAUGGGAUGGAUAUGGUGGAAGUUGAGACAGUUAUUCAAGCAGCCGAAGUGAUCUCUACUCAAGUGGUUGUGAUCAGGUUGGCAGACAAGAAAGAGGGCUUCCCCUUUCUGUGGAAAGGGGGUACCAUCCUCCACGUGAUUCCUAUAGCAGUUCAAGCUGCAGAGCACCAAGAGGUGGUGGCUGUGGAGGAAGCAGAUCUGGUAGAGGAGGAGGCAGAAACAGAUACUAGAAACAAACAAAACUUUGCACCAAAAUCCCUGUUCAAAGAAACAAAGUGGAAACUAUUCUAUCAUUAACUAC